UCUCUAGUUCGGUCUACGCCCUUGGUUGAGCAAGAAUACCGGCAAUCCGCACUUGUGUGAAAAUCUUCGCUCUUUUACAGCGAUAAAAUGGCAGAGAAAGAGAGUAAUGUGUUUAAGGCCAAACUAGCCGAACAAGCUGAGCGAUAUGAAGAAAUGGCUGAAUUCAUGAAGUUAGUUGCCAAGGACUCAAGUGGAAUGGAAAUGACUGUUGAAGAGCGCAACCUACUGUCUGUUGCAUAUAAAAAUGUGAUUGGGGCAAGAAGAGCAGCAUGGCGCAUCAUAUCUUCCUUGGAGCAAAAAGGAAAGGAGGGUGGAAAUGAUGGCAAGUGUGAGUCUAUCAGAAACUACAGGGAAAAAGUUGAAAGUGAGCUUCAAGACAUCUGUAAAGAAAUUCUUAGUCUCCUGGAAGAUGACCUCAUUCCUAACUCCCAAAACGAUGAAUCCAAGGUUUUUUUCCAUAAAAUGAAGGGUGACUAUUUCAGAUAUCUAGCUGAAAUAGCUAGUGGGGAUAAGAAAGAAGAAGCUAAAAAAAAGGCAUUGGAAGCCUAUGAUUCUGCAGUGAAAAUCGCCGAGAAACUUCCAGCAACAAGCCCAAUACGGUUGGGUUUGUUCUUAAAUUUCUCUGUGUUUCAUUAUGAAAUCAAUGACAACCCACCAAGAGCCUGUGAAAUCGCAAAGGAGGCCUUUGACAAUGCAAUCAGUGACCUGGAUACCCUGAAUGAAGAUUCCUACAAAGACAGCACUUUGAUAAUGCAGCUUCUACGUGACAAUUUGACUCUGUGGACUUCUGAUACAGAUAUGGAGAAAGAUGAUACAAAAGUGGAAGAUAUUGAGGGUGAGGAUGCAAAAGAGUAGAUUAGAAAAUGGUUGAAGAUGUCUUGAAGAGUUAUCUGUCAAAGGACUAACUUGUAUGUGUGUCUGCUUGAUAACUUGUUUUUUAUUGAUGUGGCAGCAGCAAAUAAAUUAUGCAGUGAAGGCAUCAGGGUCUUAUUUUAUACAUUUCCAUUUUUAGCAAGCUUUUUUCUUUUAGUGAAGUUUGAUUCUCUGUCCUAAUGCUGCUACUGUUUUUUUUGCAUUUAGUAUUAAACUUAAAACUCAGAGAACUUAAUACAAGAGAAAUUCUUGUAUCUUACUGACAGCAAUAGGUGUUAGUGACAUUAUGUGACCUCCUGUGUAUAAUUGUAAAGUUGAGAGCUUUGUAAAUUUUUCUUUUUUUUUUUUUGCUAUACACUGGAAUCAUUUGGAUUUAAUCGCCCAAUGCUGUCAAAGUCAAUAACUUUAACCCAAGAUUUUUGUCUGUUAUUUUUCUCUGGCUUUGCCUCAAGGCUAAUUCCUGACUGUUAACCCUUUUAACUCCCAUAAUUUGUCUAGUAAUUUUCUUCACCUAUUGCCAUACAUUUCCUUGUACUUAGGUUAAGAGAAUACAGUGUUGUGUCAAGAUAACACUCUUAGAAUGAUGAA